AUGGUGGACCUUGUUCCUGAUACACCUCUUCGCAAUCGGAGGGCCAACCAGUCCUCCCAUCCUAUAGCUUCCGAUGCUGAGUAUGAUGAUCGAGGAAGCUCCGACUUCGAAGAGACUGUGGCAACGGUGCCUGUGCAUAGACACCCUCUUCCCACGCAAGCAUUCACUCUCACCACACAACAAUUCACCCAAAAAACUACCCAGCCCACACAAAUAAUCGAACGAAACUCCAACCACCUGCUGUCUCCCAUUGCGCAUACUUCUUCUGUCGUUCAAGUUGCCACAUCCUCACCCCUCGCCUCUAAGAACACCCAUUCUCGCCCCUACUAUACACCUCGUGCCGGCGUCUUGAGCACGAACAAAGAGCGCAUUCCGGAGUCCCCAGCUGCUCAGAAUGACCCUGUGAAAAGGUUCAAGGAGAUUACUGCCUCCGCUUUUUUCAAUCCGUCAACAUAUCAGAAUGGGAAGGUGCCCGCAAAACGAUCGGUAGACAGAAUGUCCUCCGCUGCUGUGAACAGGUCGACAUCUCCCAAAAGACCCCGUCAAGAAAAUGCGUUCACACUAGACGACAUCGAAGAUUACCAGACCAGAAUUAAAGUUCAGCGCAUAUUUAAUGUCUUUCCAAACAGAUCUAUCCGGUUUAUUCUGGAUAUUCUUGUAUCCCACAGAGGGCACUACGAAGAUUCUCUAGAUCACAUCGCCAGACUUGACGAUGAUAACAUACCUUCCGAUCGGGUUUCGGAUGACGAGCUUAAACCGUCUCCUGCUCCGGCUGUCAAGAAACCUGGUAGACUCAUAAGGGGAAAGAAAAUUCAACCACCGUCAGAAUCUCCAGAACCUCCUGCAAUCGAUAUCGACUCGUCUGAAUCAGACAAACCUGAAGAAUCUGAGGACGGCGGUGUUUUGGAAACAAAAGUUCUGAAAUUUUUCAAUACAUGUUCUGUGGUGGAUCUAGCUGAUAUCGCAGAAAUCCAGGAGAGUAUUGCAGAUAAUAUACUCUCAAAACGGCCAUUCAUAUCCCUAGACUCCAUUCGUCAAAUCAUCGACAAAGACGAGAAUGGAAAGAGCUUAAAUGACAAACCGAAAAGGUAUUCUAAAAAGCGCAUUGGGGACAAGGUUGUUGACAAAUGUCUUGACAUGUGGACGGGCUAUGAAGCUGUGGAUGCUCUCGUCUCUAAAUGUGAGGCGCUAGGAAAGCCAAUUGCAGACGAGAUGAAACGAUGGGGCGUGGAUAUUUUCGGGGCAAAAAUAGAAGGCGAGCUUGACAUAGUCUCCUUGGAUAACAAAAAUACCCCAGAAAAGAUCCAUGAUUCUGCAAUUGGUACUCCGUCCAGCCACCACUCAUCUAGUGUGGAAGACGACGACCUUAAACCCAGCUAUUCACGAAAGAAGCAACAGUUUAUUUGUCAACCAUCAAUAAUGAGUGAAUCAAUCACCAUGAAAAAUUACCAAAUUGUGGGAAUCAACUGGCUGAGCCUCCUUUUCGAGCAGAGUUUGAGCUGCAUUCUUGCAGAUGACAUGGGAUUGGGCAAAACAUGUCAAGUCAUAGCGUUCCUGGCCCAUCUCUACGAGAAAGGGGUGAAGGGACCUCAUCUUGUGGUGGUGCCCUCUUCAACCUUGGAGAAUUGGCUUCGUGAAUUCUCUGUCUUUUGCCCAAAAUUGAAUGUCAUGCCGUAUUACGCCAACCAAACCAUUCGUGCUGAGAUUCGCCAACAAAUCGAAGAUACCAGAGACUCUAUCAACGUCGUCGUUACGACGUACACUAUUGCGAAGGCAAAGAUAGAUGCUCAAUUCCUUCGUUCCAUGGACUUUUGUGUUUGUGUCUCAGUUCAGACUGUUACUCACUGGUACUCCCCUGCAGAACAACCUCCAGGAGCUAGUUUCACUACUUGGAUUCAUCCUGCCUUCAGUCUUUCGAGAACGAAAGGAAGAUCUUGA